GAAAAGAAACGAUACAGCCAUCCUCUUAAAUAGACGUUGCAAUACUAUAACUACGACAUAAUGGAAUACAGUUAUGGAACGCAAGGUAGAAUGGCUGAAACAAGUUCUAAUCAAAGUGGAAGAAACAUAGAGAGACGUGCCUUGCGCGAACAGAAAACAGAGUCGAAGAAAAAAGGUCAAAAAUUAUAUCUCAACAUUAUCAACUUUGAUGGAAAUGAAGAACAAUUAAGGAGCCUUUUGGAGAAGGUAACACGCAGGUCAUUUCCUUUUAAAGAAUUCCGACAUGGAAAUGGAGGCGCAAACUGUAUUGCAGAGUUCUCCAGUGCGAGGCAAAUUAAAGAAGCCCUUUACGACUUUGUAACUCACAAUAAAAAGUCGAACAUUAAAAUAAUAGCAAGACAAGAACUUGUUAAACGUCAAAUUUCGACAGAGAGCAAGUUGUCACAACAUUUAGACAAGAUGACGAACGAAACUAGUGAUGUUCUUUCUACGCACCAAGGCCAGAUAGAUAGUAUUAAAAACAGAAUUGAUCAAACUGGAUAUAAAAAGAAAGGAUUCAUGUCAAUGGACGAAUUCAACCGAGUAGAAGGCGAAGUAAAAGCUUUAAAAUCUAAGCUCAAAGAAAUGGACCUGCAAAAGAAAGAGUUUCGGGAUUUCUUACAAUGCACAAUUGACAAACUUGAAAAAGUAAGAAAAACAAAAAAGAUUGAUUCAGAAAUUAAAAUGAUAUAUUCAGCAUUCCAAGUCGAGUGUGCCCGAUUGAGUUCUGCUUUACCAAUGUACGCCCGAAGAACAGAUAUAAUAUCAAUGGUAACCGAAAACAAGGUUUCAAUUUUACUUGGGGAAACAGGAUCUGGAAAGAGUACACAAGUAGCACAGUACAUGUACCAGGCCGGAUUAGCUAACACAGGAUUCAUAGUGUGUACUCAGCCACGUAAAAUUGCCGCCAUUAGUCUUGCAACACAUGUUUCACAAGAAAUGAAAACAUCUGUUGGACAACUUGUAGGAUAUAAAGUAGGAAUGCAAAUAAAGCAGUCACAUGAUACGAAAAUACUUUAUAUGACUGAUCAUAUGUUAUUAAACGAAUGCCUUAAAGAUGAGAACUUCUCUGCCUACUCGUGCAUCAUUGUAGAUGAGGCCCAUGAAAGGAGCAUUUAUACCGACCUGCUUUUGGGUAUGAUUAAAAAGAGCAUUAACAACAGACCAGAUCUUAGAGUGGUUAUCACCUCUGCAACUAUUGACCCUGCAGUGUUUGUGGAUUACUUUGGAAUAUGUCCAGUACUGUCAGUGUCCGGUCGAAUGUUUCCGGUAGACGUCACAGGGGACAUUCUUACAUUUCUGACAUCCCCAUUAGAAGUGGAAAGAUGCUGUAAUGCUUUUGAAAAUGCAUUGAAUUCCGAGGCUGACUUUAUUUGUUUACCACUCCAUGGGCGUUUACAACCUAUUGAGCAACAAAAGGUAUUUGACCCACCUCCGAAAGGCAAAAGGAAAAUUGUGUUUGCCACAAACAGUGCUGAAACAUCUAUAACUAUUCCAGGGAUAAAGUACGUCAUAGAUACAGGUGUGGCUAAGGAAAUGCAGUUUGAUCCGAAACGAAACAUAAGUGCCCUUUGCGUAACUACAAUAACAAAAAGUUCAGCAGAUCAGAGAAAAGGACGUGCAGGCAGAACCGAUGCCGGAAAAUGUUUCAGAUUGUACUCAUUAGAUACCUAUAAUGACAUGGCGCGAAACUCACGACCGGAAAUACUUCGCGUUCAUCUAGGACAUGCGCUGCUAAAACUUAUGGAACUCGGUGUAGUUCCAUUAGACUUUGAUUUUGUGCAAGCCCCUCCGCGUGAAAUGAUGGAUGCUGCCAUGGAAACACUAGAGUCGGUAGGUGCAGUGUCUAAUGGAAAGAUAACACAACUUGGGAAAUGGAUUGCAAAACUACCUAUUGAUCCAAAAUUUGGAGGAUUCGUUCACGAUGCAAUUAAGGAAGAUGUAGGCAUUGAAGCUUUAAUUUUAUCUGCCGGUUGUGCAGCAGGUGGUUCUAUCUUUUACCGAUCUGGAUCAAACGAAGAGAAAAACAAAGCGGACAAACUCAAAGUAAGGUUUUGUCAUGAAGGUGGAGAUCUUAUGACAAUGCUAAAUGUUUACAGAGAAUGGCACGACCAACCGGAAAAAACAAAAGCGGCUUGGUGUUCCGAAAAUUCUAUCAACGGAAAAUCAAUCCGUGGAGUUCGAGAAACAGUAAAUGAAGUUUUGAAUAUCUUAAAAAAUGACCUUGGAGAAAAGCCAAAGUUUAAGCUGAAGUUACCCUCUGACGUCGACAAGAAAUUGCAAAAAAUGUUGUUCAAAACAUUUAGUCGAAAUAUCUGCCAUUACUUGCGACAUGAAAAAGCAGGAUAUCUUGUUGUUAAGAAAGAGCAACAAGUACAAUUGUUCCCUGCAUCUUCAUUGAAAUCACUAGGAUUACUUCCAAACUGGAUCGUUAUAGAACAGGUUCUGAAAACGUCACGUGACUUUGCAGUUUAUGUCACAACUGUUCUCGACGAAUGGAUUCAAGAAGCUGUGGAGAAAAACUGGCUGCAACUAAAUUCAGACAGUUUAAAUAAGCAGCGAGUUGAGCUACUUGUAAUGUUUGAAGUUGGAGAACAGGUAUUUAGAGAGUUUGUUGGUCCACGUUAUUCAAAAUUGCGAGAACUAGAGAACUCGUUCAAGGAAACAAGUAAUGAAAAGGUUAUAAUUCUUGAGGCGUCAAAAGAGGUAGGAGAAAUAAGCCUGUAUACUCAACAGAAUUGUAAUCCAGAUAUUGGCACCAUUGUUACAAAUAGAGUGGACAGAUUGAGAGAGAAAAUGCAACAAGACAAAAGCGAACAAUUUUUUUCAUCCACAAACACCGGAGUUCGGGUUGUAAUAGGUUCUGGUCUGAAUGUAGGUGAUGUUUUGAUGGUAGAUGAAUACAAAACGAUUUUCAUUACAGGAAUUCCAAAAUUCCUUGAAGAAAGAACAGAAGAAGAAAUAACUAAAAUGUUUGAACGAUAUGGUAAAAUUGUCAAGGUUGAGAAAUUUUGGAAAAGCAAGAACCCAAACAAUUGGGGGAAAAUCACAUAUGAGAAGAAAGAGGAUGCCGAACGAGCUGUAACCAUAAUGCGAGAAGGGGUUAAUAUAAAAGCAAGACCUAGCGUCGGAUUUCAGAACUCCGACAUUCGUGGAUUCAGAACUAAGCUACAAUGGUGCAGAAGGCCAUCUAGAGGAUUUGGGUUUGUUAAAUUUACAGAUUUAACGACUGCCUUAAGAACAAGGAUAACUCCAAUAGCUAUUGGCGGAACUAUGGUCCGAAUUAAACCAAGUAAGAACGGAUCGAAUGAAGUGCAUGUUGCUAACCUAAAUCCUCAUGUGAAUGAAGAUGUAUUACGUCAGGGAUUUAUGGAUGCUUUAGGUCUUGAUCCAGGUGACAUAGAACGUGUUUCAGUGAUCCGACACAAAGUUAACACACCACAAGAUAUGAUACACAUAUGUCGCCAACGCAUUCGUAAAAAGGUAGAAGAGUAUGUUCACGAAGGCUCAUAUGACUUAGAUUUAAGACCCCCUAGAGAGGCUGACUUUACUUUUCUAGUCUUUGUAUCAUUUUCGAAAACAGAGGAAGGUCUUGCUGCAUGCGCAGGAAUGGAUCAUGGUUUUACAAUGAAUGACCAAAUAGUAACAAUGAAAGCAGACUUAAAAACUUCUUUAAUUAUUCCAAAACUCGUUUAUACCAAAUAUUGUGACAUUGUUGAUAAAUUGGUAGAUAAAUUGUCACGAACAGAGAACGUGAAUAUACAAAAGAAAGAACUGCGAAACGGGAACAUGGUGGUGAAUUUGCACUCUGACAUUGUAGAGACUAUCAUUAAGGUGAAGGCCGAUAUUCUAGUGGCAAUUAAGGGGAAGGUAAUGGACAUUGACUCGCAUGAACAUAUAAACAGUCUCUUUACCUGGGAUGGAAAACGAUUGAUUAAGACUGUUAUGGACAAAACUGACACCACUGUAGUGUCAGAUGAAAGAAUCCUGUCGCUGUCUGUUCACGGAAAAGACGAAAAUCAAAUGAGAGCUAUUAAAAUGCUAGAGGAAUAUUUAAAGGAAUUGAAAACUAGCAAGUCGAAAACUGUUGCCUUGAAAGGUGACGAUAAACCUCCUGGCGUGAUGAAAGAGAUUAUGUUGCGGUAUGAAUAUGAUCUAAGUAAGCUUGUCCAGGAAUCUGGAGUUGGAUGCAUAGAACUUAAUCAUCGACUACAUCUGAUUACUCUCAUAGGGAAAACUGAAGCUAUAGAGAAAGCAUGCUCACUUAUAGACACAAUGAUCUCACUGGUCAUUAAAAAGCGUCAAGAAUGCAAGCUGCAACCUUCAAAAACUCGUGAUUGCAUGGUAUGUUUCUGUCCAAUAGAAGAAGGUGAGAUGUAUAGACUUGAAGCUUGUGGGCAUCCAUAUUGUAAAGAUUGCGUCGAGCUUCAGUUCAAAACUGACAUUAAAAACAAUACACUCCCACUAAUCUGUAGCGGUGAAGGGUGUAAUGAAUUUUGGACAUGGAAGGAUAUUUCAAAACUUUCCGUCACUACUGGAAUUCCUACAAACCUCUUGGUGAAGAAAGCUACAAAUUCGUUUGUGUCGCAGAAUAAGAAAGCGUACAAGUAUUGUCCGACAGCAGACUGUCCUCCUAUUUAUCGUGUGACUGAGAAGGAGAGACUCUUUAGUUGUCCAGAAUGUGAAGUUCGUAUCUGUACAGCAUGUUAAAACCAAUUUCACGAUGGUCUUACAUGCAAAAUGGUCGAGAGUAUGAAGAAGGACGACGGCGGGUUGAAACUAUGGAUGAAACAAAAUGCUGGAAGAGCGAAAUACUGUCCCAAAUGUUCAACUCCGAUUGAAAAGAUUGAAGGAUGCAACCACAUGACGUGUCGUGGUUGCAACGCACAUAUUUGUUGGGUAUGCCUCCAGUACUUCAACACUUCUCAAGAUUGUUAUGGACAUAUGCAACGGGCACAUCAAAGUUUUGUUUAGACAUGAACGUCGUUCGGUAAUAUUGAAUAGUCGUUUAA